AUGAUGAAUUUAUUAACUUGUUUGGUGUUGAUUUCUUCUAUUGUGGAAAGUCAAGCGUUGGCAAAUUAUCGAAAUAUUGAAAGUUGUUUAGGUCAAAAUGACAACCGAAAUCCAGUUAUAAUCGAUACUGAUGCUGAUGUUGAUGAUUUAUGGGCGAUACUUUACUUAAUUAAAGUUCCAACAGUUAAUAUUCUUGCAAUAACAACUGUUGGUGAUGGAUACAGUUCUCCAUUCUUCUCUACAUCAAAUAUUCUCAGUUUUCUUGGUUUGAUCAAUUGUUCAUACGGUAUUCCAGUUGCGAGCGGACAAAGUGUACCAAUGAUGUCAUCGGGGUGGAACAUCGAUCCGAAAAUUUUAAAUUCUAUCGAUACAUAUUUAACAUCGCCAACUUGCCUUAAUCAGAGCGUGGAUAUUUUUUUACAACCAUCACCAUUCGAAGCAGUGGAAUUGAUUAUAUUUACACUGAAAUAUUCUUCGAAACCUGUUGACAUUUUAGUACUUGGACCUAUGACUAAUAUUGCCGAGGCAAUCAUUCGUGAUCGAUCAAUUGUACCAAAAAUUGGCACAAUCUAUGUAUCGGGUGGUCAAUUUAAAUCUAUGUCAGCUUAUUCAUCAUUGAUACCCAAUCCAAAACUAGGAACAUAUCCUUACUUGAGGAAAACAUCGGAUAGUAGUGAUAAUGUUUUCUUAGAUGUACUUUCUGUUCAACGUGUUGAUGAUAGUGGAGUCAGACAAUUAGUUGCUAUGCCAUCGAUUGUACAAAAUCAAUUGCCUACUAAUCUAACACAACUAAAUAUGAAAUUACGCGAGUGGGACAAUAGCGCAGCUCAACUUAUGGUUCAAAUGCAAAAUAAUCUGACAAAUGGUUUCUGCACAAGAAUACAAAAUGUAAAAUCUCUAUAUGUAUUAUCAGCUAAUGCGGAUCAAUUGUAUGGACAAGGCAUUAGUGAUUCUCCACGAAACGCGAUGAAAAUCAAUGGAUUCUCAGAUUAUAAAAUUUGUACAGAAACUAAUUCGGAUGUGUUUUUAACCGAAUUCUUGACGAGAAUUCAUUCGGGACAAUUACAUUCGUGUAAAAACUCAUAUAAUGAUCGAUUUGAUAUCAAAUUACAACAAUGCUUGAAAAAAUACGCUUUUAACUAA